CAUAACUUAAAAUUCACAAAUAGUUGACGAUGAUUUAUUUUUCUAUACAUAAAUAAAAUAGUUUUAAAAAAAUUAUCUAAAAUAUGAUGUUUUCAUUCAAGGUUUUGGUUUAUUCAGCUGCAAUUUUUGUCUUGUAAAAUUCAAUUGUAUUGGCUUUACUGAAGUAAUCUACGCUUGUUAGUUACGUCAUUUUUAUAGUUUGCAGCAGCAGCCAGCAGGCAGCAGCAGACAGUUUACGAGGCUUACGACAGUGAUGAGGUGAGAAGUGCAAGUCCGAGUUAUUUAAUGCUUUUCUGUUUACAAAUUACGUCAACAUGACAAAAAAUUCGGAAAUUCAGACCAAUGGAAAUGGCUUUUUUAAGCACAUUGGUGAGAUAAAAAAAGUGACAAAAGUCCCGAAUGUCUGGAGACAAGUGGAAUUUAACGAAUGGACUUUUAGUUUGAUUCUCUUCGUUUUCUCCCUGAUUAUCGUAGUCGGCAAGUUGGCUGUCAAUUACGGAUACAUGAAUCAUUGGCCACUUGUCACCCGAAAUAUUAUACCAGACGCCCUUAGUUCCUAUCAAUGGUCAGAAUUGCAUGCAAAGAAAUUAGAGGAUCUGACAAACAGUUUUAGUGGAUUAUUUGAGAUAUACGGAUGGCUAAUGAGAGCGUCACUAAGCGGUCUGGCGACCAUGGGAUUUACAUGGUUUAUCGUCUACAAAGACAGCAAUAUUCCCGGAAUCAACCCUCCUUCACCUUUUCGAAGUUCAAAAGACAGAUUUAAGAAAGAAACUGGAAUCCCAACUAAUUAUUUGGUGGGAGCACUAAAUGGACUGCUCAUUUUCUUCUAUAUGUGCCUUUAAAUUAUUCAUUACUAAACGAAACAGCGACGCUGUUUGCUCAUGUACAAAGGAUGUGGCGUUAUUUAUUUUUAUUUAUAUACUUAUUGCAAUGUUAAGUAUUCAAAAGGAAUUAUUGUGUUCGGGAGUAUUUACAAAAUAGUAUAUAACAAAAAAGAGGUAUAACAAUUUUGGUGGUUUUUGAUUUUUGUAUUCAAUGUUUAAUAAAGUGGCUAUUUAAGUAAA